AUGGUGACCCGACUAGUAGUCAUUUUCUGUCUCUGGUCCAUGGUACAUUCCAUGUACUAUCAUUCUUUUGAAAGAGAGGAGAAAUGUAUCAUAGAAGACCUGCCAUCUGACAUGUUGGUCACAGGUGGGUCAAGUCGCUACAAGGUACAGAAGUGGGACAUGAAUCAACAUGAUUUCCACCCCUCAGCUCCAGGACUGGGAAUGUUCGUGAGUGUCAAAGCUCCAAAUGAAGAGAUAUUACUGGCAAAAUUGUAUGGACCAGAUGGAAAAUUUACGUUUACCACACAUUCCAAUGGACCCCAUUUUAUCUGUCUACAAUCAAACUCUACGAAUCUCAUAGCAUUUGCUAAUAGCAGACUGAGGAUACACCUGGAUGUUCAGGUUGGGGAACAUCCCUUGGAUUAUGCAAAAGUAGAUCCAAAGGACAAAGUGAAGGAAGUGUCCUAUGGUCUUGAACAUCUUAUGGGGGAAGUUAAUCAUAUCAUGAAGGAGCAGGAAUAUCAAAGGGAACGCGAGGAGUACUACAGACGAAAGAGUGAAGACAUGAAUGGCAAUGUCUUGUGGUGGGCGAUUGCGCAAACCAUCAUCCUCACCACUGUGGGCAUCUGGCAAAUCAGACACUUCAAAGAUUUCCUUAUAGCCAAAAAAGUUGUGUAAAAUUAGCUGAAACCAUGACCAAUAAAAUUUUCAGAU